AUGUUGGACCCAUUGUUCUUCUUUCUAUUGCAUUUACAAAAAACUAAGGUUCGACUAGCUAGGCACGUUGACACUUUGUGGCGUCAGUGGAUCGUGUUGCGUUCAUUUAUGCCACCAAAUCAGAUGUCGAUUUUCACCGAUCUCUCGCCGGAGUUUUUGUCUCAGCUUCAACUGGCUUCGGUCAACGACCCCUUAGGUUUCCUUUCUCCUGUGAGUCUGCCAACAACCGGCGAAGUCACUGCAGCUAUGAAGAAUUUAGCUUCUGCUGGAUGUGAUCCACUGAAAUCAGGAACAGUGGUUCCAGGCGAACGUGGUUCCGCAGUUCUCGCUAGUCUUACCGUAUAUACUCGACCUGAUCUGUUAAUUCAGUUGUUUCGCCUCAUCGAUGCACUGAAAGAGUCCAAGGUUAGUUUGAUGUGA